GUGUGCACACAUGUUUUGUGUGUAAAACUCCUGAUAAGGAGGUCAGGAGGUGUAUGAUCCCUGUGUGUGGGAAGUUUUAUCACAUGGAAUGCAUACUGAAAUAUUCCCCCACCGUCACUCAGAACCGCGGCUUCCGCUGCUCCCUCCAUGUCUGUCUGGCCUGCUACAUCACCAACCCCGCCAACCCUGGUAUUUCCAAAGGCCGCUUGACACGCUGCGUCCGCUGCCCUGUGGCCUACCACGCCAAUGACUACUGUAUGGCUGCCGGCAGUGUCCCGUUGGCCAAUAACAGCUUCCUGUGCCCUAACCACUUCACUCCACGCAAAGGGUGCAAAAACCAUGAACAUAUUAACGUCAGCUGGUGUUUUGUGUGUUCUGAAGGAGGAAGUCUGCUUUGCUGUGAAUCUUGCCCUGCUGCCUUUCACCGUGAGUGUCUGAACAUUGACAUGCCCCAGGGAAGCUGGUUCUGUAACGACUGUCGAGCGGGAAAGAAACCCCACUACAAGGACAUUCUGUGGGUCAAAGUGGGCCGCUACAGGUGGUGGCCCGCUGAAGUGACUCAACCAAAAAACGUUCCUGAGAACAUCUACCGCUUGAGGCAUGAGGUGGGGGAGUUUCCUGUGCACUUCUUUGGCUCCAAAGACUACGUGUGGACAUAUCAGGCUCGCUGUUUUCCCUACAUGGAAGGGGAUGCCAACAAUAAGGAAAAAAUGGGAAAGGGUGCAGAUGCCGUCUAUAAGAAAGCUUUAAAUGAAGCAGCCGAAAGAUUCAGGGAACUGCAGGCGGAGAAGGAGAUGAGACAGCUUCAAGAAGACAGGAAGAAUGACAAGAAACCUCCGCCAUACAAACACGUAAAGAUGAACAGACUGAUAGGGAAGGUGCAAAUCAUCACAGCAGAUCUGUCGGAGAUCCCACGCUGCAACUGCAAAGUCUCAGACGAGAACCCGUGUGGCAUCGACUCGGAAUGCAUCAACCGCAUGCUAAUGUACGAGUGUCAUCCUCAAGUGUGUCCAGUAGAGGAACGCUGUCAGAACCAAUGCUUCACCAAACGCCAGUACACUGAGGUGGAGAUCUUCAGGACGCUGUCGCGUGGUUGGGGUUUAUGCAGUGUGUCUGACAUCAAGAAGGGAGCUUUUGUGAAUGAGUAUGUUGGAGAGGUCAUUGACGAAGACGAGUGUCGAGCCAGGAUCAAACACGCACAGGAAAACAACAUCUGUAACUUCUACAUGCUCACACUGGAUAAGGAUCGGAUAAUAGAUGCCGGGCCGAAGGGAAACCAGUCGCGUUUUAUGAACCACAGCUGCCAGCCGAACUGUGAGACACAGAAGUGGACGGUGAAUGGAGACACCAGAGUCGGGCUUUUUGCAUUAGAGGACAUUCCUACAGGUGUUGAACUCACUUUUAACUAUAACUUGGAGUGUCUUGGUAAUGGGAAGACGGUGUGUAAAUGUGGAGCGCCCAACUGCAGCGGAUUCCUUGGUGUCAGACCAAAGAAUCAGCCCUCAUCUGAAGACAAGGUGGGGAAACUGAAGAAGAAGGUUGCUGUGAAGCGUAAGAGCCAGUUAGAGGUCACCAAGGAGCGGGAGGAUGAAUGUUUCUACUGUGGUGAUGGAGGGCCGAUUGUGUCUUGUAAGAAGCUCGGCUGCCCCAAGGUCUAUCAUGCCGACUGUCUGAAUCUGUCCAAGAGACCUGCAGGCCGCUGGGAGUGUCCGUGGCAUCAGUGUAAUGAGUGCGGAAGGGAGGCAGCAUCCUACUGCGAGAUGUGUCCCAACUCCUACUGCAAACAGCACCGCGAGGGAAUGCUGUUCAUAUCCAAACUGGACGGCAAGCUGUCCUGCAGCGAACACGACCCGUGCGGCCCCGAUCCUCUGGAACCGGGUGAAAUUCGAGAGUACGUGCCCGGUACACCUAUCCUACCCCCUCUGCCCAAUAUGUCAGUGUCAGGCAGAAUACCUCUGCCUGCCCUACCGCUUGCUGCUCCGCUCUUCAUUCCCGCCCCCAACAGACCCGUGUUCCAAGCCCAAAGACACCCGUAUGCAGACGAGGUGGUGGACAACGUGGUUUUGCCACCCUCUUCUCUUUCUAAGGACAUCAAGGAGGAAGAUAUGAGUGAUGAAGGUGAGGUGGUGGAAGGGGUGAUCGGGGAUGAAGGAGAAGAAGUAGGCCUUGAGGUUGUGGAUGAUGAUGAAGAAAUGGACUACGGAGGGAUAGGAUUCGAGGAUGAGGAGGAAGAAAAGGUGGACCGUGGCGAGGACUGGGGAGAUGAAUUUGUGGAUGAUGACUUCGAAGACACUGAGGAUUUAGGGGAAGUGGAGGAGGAAGACCAGGAAUCAUCAUAUGAUGAGUUUGUCGAAGGAGAAAAGUGAGCUCUCCUGCAUUUUUGCUUGACGUCUAUCUCUCGCACAAAAACUCUCGCUCUGAUGGGCACAGCCAGGUGACCUGUAGGGAAAGUCAACUGCCAUUUUUCCGGUCGGUGCUCAGCUGAAUGCAAAACAACUUUUGAGAAUGAUGGACAUGUGCAACAUUCUUAAGUUGAUGACUGUAUCAGCUUGCCUUCUCAACCCAAGUCCUCUUUGAAAAGUCCAUAAAGAGGGUUGGACCUGGUGCUGUGGGACUGUGAUUUUUUUUUCAGUCCUUUUGUUGGUAUAUAAUUAGUGUCUGGUGCUCUUUUGUGCUUUUUUUUUUUUAUUUUCCUCCUCAACGUGUUUACAUUCUCUGAUCUAAACCGAAAGAUGACCUCACGGAGAGUUAAAAUGGGGCACCACAAACCAUACAGUUGUGUCUUACUUACGAACUCUGCAUAGAUUUUAAUUACGCUUCAUUGACAGAGGAAAGAGAACGCAACAAAGCAGCAGAUAACUAAUGUUCAGUCCCUUCACCGGGUGAUUGCAAUGACAUAGCCACAUCAUUAGGCCAAAAAUAGCUUAAAGCUCCACGGGUCACGGUACUUGAAAUGAUUUCUUCAGGUCUGUCUGUUAGUAUCACAGAGUGGUUACAUGAAAAUGAAUAAAAGGAGUCCUCGUACAUAUUUUUCAGCUGAUUUGUGAAAAAAAAAAAAAAAAGAGUGCUACUAUCAAAAAGGACAAGAAAGUAUGACAUUCCCAGCAUCAUCCUGCUUGAUUUCAAACAUGCUCUUUUUUUGUUGCAUUUGUGUUUGUCAUUUUACUUCACUUCUAUGUCAAGGCAAUAUGUCAAGACUAAAGAAACUUAGUAGUUUUAAGGUUUUGUAAAGUCUAGCUGCUUGGCUACAUGCUUGUGGCCUUUAAUUUAGCAACAUUAUGAUUUAUGAUCCUAUAUUAAAAUUUCUCUCACCAUCACUUGAAUCUCAAAAAUUAUGAAAGCACCUAUUGUUUGCAACAUCAUUGUGCAUCAGGUAAAAUUCCUGAUUGAAAAACUGCCUCAUGUAAUGAAGUAAUGUUCAUAUUCACAGAACCUGUUUGGAAUCUGUUUCCAUCACUGAUAUUGUACAAUAUGUUUUCAAUGCCUUUAGACCUUACACUCAUUAUUUCUGGUUCUGUGACUCUUUGCAACCUAAUCAUGUGGAUGCUUUUUCUAAAAAAGCUUUUUUUUUCUUUAUCAUCAUCAUCAUCAACCUUUGUACUUUCUUUUCUUAGCUCUAUUACUUUUAAAGUUAUACUUUUUGUCUCUUUGUAUUUAU